UCCCGCCGGUCAACGGUUUGCUUCAUUCUCAGUUUGGAAAGCGUCCUGAUCUGCUGUGUCCAAGCGCGAGUGGUUUUAGUCCCAAGCUUACAAUUAAUUUAUUGAGUGCUAACUUAUUUCUGCUGUUUUUUGGAUUUUCCUAAAACUUUUGCAUCAAAAUGCGUGAAUGUAUCUCCGUGCAUGUCGGUCAGGCUGGUGUCCAGAUUGGCAACGCCUGCUGGGAACUGUACUGCCUUGAGCAUGGAAUUCAGCCCGAUGGUCAGAUGCCCUCGGAUAAGACCAUCGGCGGUGGAGAUGACUCGUUCAACACCUUCUUCAGCGAGACCGGUGCCGGUAAGCACGUGCCUCGCGCCGUCUUCGUCGAUCUGGAACCAACCGUAGUCGAUGAGGUCCGCACCGGAACCUACCGGCAGCUGUUCCAUCCGGAGCAGUUAAUUACCGGAAAGGAAGAUGCCGCCAACAACUACGCUCGUGGCCACUACACCAUUGGCAAGGAAAUCGUCGAUCUGGUUUUGGACCGCAUCCGUAAGCUCGCUGAUCAAUGUACCGGUCUGCAAGGAUUCCUGAUCUUCCACUCGUUCGGCGGUGGCACUGGAUCCGGUUUCACCUCUCUGCUGAUGGAACGCCUGUCGGUUGAUUACGGCAAGAAGUCCAAGCUGGAAUUCGCUAUCUACCCAGCUCCCCAGGUGUCCACUGCCGUGGUUGAACCCUACAACUCCAUCUUGACCACCCACACUACCCUGGAACAUUCGGACUGCGCCUUCAUGGUCGACAACGAGGCUAUCUACGACAUCUGUCGUCGCAACUUGGACAUCGAGCGCCCAACCUACACUAACCUGAACCGUCUGAUUGGUCAAAUCGUGUCCUCCAUCACCGCCUCCCUGCGGUUCGAUGGUGCCCUGAACGUCGAUCUGACGGAGUUCCAGACCAACUUGGUGCCCUACCCACGUAUCCACUUCCCUCUGGUCACCUAUGCCCCGGUCAUCUCGGCCGAAAAGGCCUACCACGAGCAACUGUCGGUCGCCGAAAUCACCAACGCUUGCUUCGAGCCGGCCAACCAGAUGGUCAAGUGUGAUCCACGUCACGGCAAGUACAUGGCCUGUUGCAUGCUGUACCGUGGUGAUGUUGUCCCCAAGGACGUCAACGCCGCCAUCGCCACCAUCAAGACCAAGCGCACCAUCCAGUUCGUCGACUGGUGUCCAACUGGUUUCAAGGUUGGUAUCAACUACCAGCCGCCGACCGUCGUCCCAGGUGGCGAUCUUGCCAAGGUCCAGCGCGCCGUCUGCAUGUUGUCCAACACCACGGCCAUCGCCGAAGCCUGGGCUCGUCUGGAUCACAAAUUCGAUCUGAUGUACGCCAAGCGCGCCUUCGUCCACUGGUACGUCGGUGAGGGUAUGGAGGAAGGUGAAUUCUCCGAAGCCCGUGAGGAUUUGGCCGCCCUUGAGAAGGAUUACGAGGAAGUUGGAAUGGACUCCGGCGAAGGCGAGGGUGAAGGCGCUGAGGAAUACUAAAAAAGCCGAUUCGUUGAACUACCGUUACGAAGUCAAACCGAAUUGCAGCACGCAACAUGCACCAUUUUUUCUCUCGCUAAUUAACAAAAGAAAACGCUAUUUCUCGAUUUUGAUAGCAUAGUGCAAAAUUCCCAGAAAUAAAUGCAGCAAUGAAAAUAGCAUGAACCUCAAA